GAAACCGACCCAGCCUCUCGCCCAGCUCGACUGACAUAUUCCAUAACCUUCUUCCUCCGGUUCUUCUCUCACUAGAUCUCUCUCUCUCUCUCUCUCUCUCUCUCUCUCUCUCAAAUUCCCUCUUCAGAAAAUCUCCGUCCGGCGCGAUGGUCGUUUGCAAAUGCCGCAAGGCUACUAAGCUUUAUUGCUUCGUGCAUAAAGUUCCCGUUUGCGGAGAAUGCAUUUGUUUCCCGGAGCACCAAAUAUGUGUGGUCCGAACCUACUCAGAAUGGGUAAUAGAUGGAGAGUAUGAUUGGCCUUCUAAAUGCUGCUCAUGCCAUGUUGUGCUCGAAGAUGGAAAUGAUUCUCAAACUACUCGAUUGGGUUGCUUGCAUAUUAUGCACACAAAUUGCCUGGUGUCACACGUUCAGAGUUUUCCUCCUCACACUGCACCAGCAGGAUAUGUGUGCCCUAAAUGUUCUACUUCUAUAUGGCCUCCUAAAAGCAUCAAAGAUUCUGGAUCACGUCUUCAUUCAAAACUAAAGGAAGCUAUCAUUCAGACUGGCCUUGAGAAAAACCUAUUAGGAAGUCAUCUGGUUUCAUUGCCGGCAUCAGAGUCUCGUGUUCCUCCUCCUGCUUUUGCUUCAGAUCCGCUGAUGAGUAUAACUGCUGUGGAAGGCAGGGAGAGAACUAGCACAAAUGCAUUUGAGUCCAUCAAAGAUCCUAGCUUUCCAUCUUCUUCAGUUGUAAAAGAAGAGUUCUCAGCCGAAGGAUACCCAAAUGCAAAAUUUUCUUCACAAGAUAUUGUGGAGGUGGAUGGUCCCAGUUCAGUAGGAAACCAAUUCACAGCUGACAAUGAUUCCAAUUACAUGAAAAGCUUGAGCCCUACUGUUCCUGGUGCUACAACGAGAAAGACUGGGCACCAUGCCGAUAGACAAAAUUCUGAAGCUUCAUAUUAUGCGGAUGAUGAAGACGCAUCCCGGAAGAAGUACACUCGAAGGGGUCCUCUCCGUCACAAGUUUCUGAGGGUUUUGAUACCUUUCUGGUCUAGCGCAUUGCCAACUCUACCAGUAACUGCACCGCCACGCAAAGAUGGAACUGCUGCUGCUGAUGCUCCAGAAGGUCGUUUGCGGCAUCAAAGAUCUUCAAGGAUGGAUCCACGGAAAAUCCUCCUUGUCAUGGCAAUCAUGGCAUGUUUGGCUACGAUGGGUAUUUUAUAUUACAGACUGGCACAACGGAGUCUUGGCGAAAAUCAGCUCGAAGACAAUCAGCAGUGAGUUUUGUUUACUUCCCAUCCAAGCUGGUUUUAUAUAUAUGAAAUCCUUUUCUAGAUGUUACCAGAUUCCGGGCUUUUGUUUCGGGCCACAUCUCCCAUUCAUCUGGGUCCCACUCAACACACAACGAGAUGUCCAGUUUCUAUCUUUUGUUGCUGUGUGAAAAGGGGUUAGAUGACCUUUGUCACUGUUCCAUCAUGGGAAUCUACUUUUUUUUCGUGAUCUUGCUUCAUUUUUUUGUUAUGUAUGCUACAGUUUGGAAUGAAAUUGUGGAAGCUGGUAAAAAGGAGAGGUCAUGUUUGUUGGUUUUCUCAAACAUGGGCUUGUUUUAUGUAAUUUUCUUGUCUGAACUUUUACAUGUGAAAAUAAAAGAAGGCCGAACCUGUUUGGCUGUCAAGUGAACCGUGGAAAUGAAGACGCUGAAUUUUAUGAAUUUAUGGAAUUUGCAUUGAUUUUUUU